CAGCUUCUCAGUUUUGGGUGGGAGAGUUAGCAUUAGCAUUCGCACAGUGUGCGCGAAGCAAGCAACCGGAGUGUAAUGGCGGCCUCGGUGUUGUUGGGCUCUGCGGACAACACCGGAAUCAGCUUCACGGGCGGCGGCGGCGGCACCGGCGCGGGGAACAACGUCCUCGUCGCUGGUAACAACGGGCUGGGGGCGUCGGCGGCGGGCCCGGUGCCGUGGAACCGCUCUCUGGACCGGGCUCUUGACGAAGCCUCGGCCACCGGGUGUCUGAACCUCAGCGGCAGGAAGCUCAAGGAGUUCCCCCGCGGCGCCGCCAACCACGACCUGACCGAUACCACCCGGACCGACUUAUCUCGGAACCGCCUGUCCGAUCUUCCGGUGGAGGUGUGUCUCCUGGUGUCGCUGGAAAGUUUGAACGUCUACCAGAAUUGUUUGAGGUCUCUACCCGAUCACAUGAUCAACCUGCAGGCCCUUACCUACCUGAACCUCAGCCGCAACCAGCUGUCUGCGCUGCCGGUGGUGCUGUGCGGUCUCCCGCUGAAGGUUCUGAUCGCGUGCAACAACAAGCUGGCGGCUCUGCCUCAGGAAGUGGGUCAGCUGAGGCACCUGACGGAGCUGGAUGUCAGCUGCAACGAGAUCAGGACGCUGCCUUCUCAGGUCGGCCAGCUGGAGGCGCUAAGAGACCUGAACAUCAGGAGGAACCACCUGGUUGCCCUUCCUCCAGAGCUGGCCGAGUUGCCUCUGGUGCGUCUGGACUUCUCGUGCAACAAGGUGACGUCCAUCCCGCUGUGCUACACGCGCCUGUCGCAGCUGCACACCAUGGUGCUGGACAACAACCCGCUGCACACACCGCCCGCUCAGAUUUGCAUAAAGGGCAAAGUUCACAUCUUCAAGUUCCUCAACAUGGAGGCCACCAAGAUGACCCCUGACCUCCCAGAAUAUGACAGACAACCUUUAAACUUCGGCUCCUGCGUUGAUGAGCUGUAUCCCGGUCGGCCAUACGGAGCGUUGGAUUCAGGCUUCAACAGUGUGGACAGCGGCGACAAAAGAUGGUCAGGAAAUGAGGAGUCGUCUGAGGUUCCUCCUCGCUUGCCGGACGUCCACAAAGAGUGGAAGCGUGCGGGGGCGGGGCCCCCCCUGCUGGCCAACGGGACACACGAGCUGGAGCAGAUCGACUUCAUCGACGGCGUUGGCGAGGAGGAAGAGGAAGAGAGGAAGAGCGUGGGAGGAGGAGUAGCGGGAGACCGGGCCAGCCUCAGCUCACAGUUCAAGGCCUACAUCGAGAGACGCAGCAACACGGUUUCUCCGGGUAAAGCCAGCGUAUCCAGAACAGACGACUCCAGACAGAGACAGGGCAGGAGCGUUUCGAACGGUGCCACAGCGCCACCUAGCAGCCAGAUUCAGCGAGGCGUGGAGCGGGUGAGACGAGAGGCUCAGCUGGCCGCCCUCAGGUACGACGAGGAGAGACACAAGACACGCCCCCUGCAGGGAGACGCCAAGAAGAUCUACCCCUUCAGACACUCUACCCACACAGAUGACUCCGCCCUCUUCAUGCAGGGCGAAGAGCGAGGCGGCCCGUCGCAGAGCGCCAAUCCCUGCCACCCUGACCCGGCGGACGCCGCGUCCUGUCGUGGCACCGGCGUGCACCCGGAGAGCUUCCUGUAUCGCCUCGGUCAGCGGGAAGAAAAGAGGAGAGGGGACGCCGUCGCCCCUCGGCAGACGCUUGACGAGGCACCGGCCACGCCCACCGAGAUGGGACACGACGCGCAGCUGGCGGAGCGGCUCAGGAAGGACAUCGAGGCCCGGCUGAAGGUUUCGUUGCCUAGUGACCUACGCGCGGCGCUCACUGACGGUGUGGUCUUGUGUCACCUGGCCAAUCACGUGCGCCCGCGAUCGGUACCCAGCAUACAUGUCCCAUCCCCCGCCGUGCCUAAACUGACCAUGGCCAAAUGUCGGAGGAACGUGGAGAACUUCCUGGAGGCGUGUCGCAGGAUGGGCGUGUCUCAGAGCGACUUGUGUCUCCCUCGUCACAUCCUGGAGGAACAAGGGCUCCCCCAGGUGGCCGCCACCAUCAGCGCGCUGCUCCGCUUGGCCCCGCCAAGACACGGUGUCGCCACGACGACCACCACGACCUCGUCCGGAGCGUCGUCCGGCAUGUAAUCGCCGUGCAGCCGCAUAAGCACGUGAAGAUCCGCCAUCUUUAGACACGCCGUUACCAUUAGCAUCUCACAACAUCAACACACCGGCAACGUUGCAGAAGUUUUUGUACACAUAUUUUUUUUUUUUAUUUAGGCGGCACAGUGUAUGACUGGUUAGAGCGUCUGCCUCACAGUUCUGAGGACCGGGGUUCAAUCCCCGGCCUCACCUGUGUGGUGUUUGCAUGUUCUCCCCGUGCCUGCGUGGGGCUCUCCGGUUUCCUCCCACAUUCCAAAAACAUGCAUGGUAGGUUAAUUGACAACUCUAAAUUGCCCGUAGGUGUGAAUGUGAGUGCGACUGGUUGUUUGUUUCUAUGUGCCCUGCGAUUGGCUGGCAACUAGUUCAGGGUGUACCCCGCCUCCUGCCCGAUGACAGCUGGGAUAGGCUCCAGCACGCCCGCGACCCUAGUGAGGAGAAGUGGCUCAGAAAAUGGAUGGAUGGAUAUUUUUUAUUUAACUUAACACUUGUGUACAGGACAUCACAUAAGCAACAACAUGACAUCGUGACGUCACAUGACGUUCACAAUCAGCUACUCUCAUUUGUAUUUAUUUUACCUGCUAACAGCGCUAACACUAAUGAUGGUAAACAAAUGUUGGAUAUUUGCUGACGUUUACUAGCAAUUAGUGUGGGCGAAAAAAAACAAUUGGCAAAGAAUAGUAAAGUUUUGGUGUUGACACUAAGAUAUGUAUUGAUUGAUAUAUUUGAGAUCAUCUGUAUGAUGAAUGGGCGGCACGGUGACCGACUGGUUAGCACAUCUGCCUCAACAGUUCUGAGGAUCUCGCCUAUGUGGAGUUUGCAUGCUCUCCCCGUGCCUGCGUGGGUUUUCUCUGAGUACUCUGGUUUCUUCCAACAUCCCAAAAACAGGCUGGGUUGGUUAAUUGAUUACUCUAAAUUGCCGGUAGGUGUGAAUGUGAGUGCGAAUGGAUAGUUGAUUCUAUGUGCCCUGCGAUUGCCCGGCGACCACUUCAGGGUGUACCCCACCUCUUGCCCAAAGAUAGCUAGGAUAGGCUCCAGCACGCCCGUGACCCGUGGUAUGGAAGAUGGAUUGAUGUACGAUAAUAUCAAUAUCAAACAGUUAGCCUCAGGUAAUGCAGCUAAUGUGAUAUGCGCAACUAACCAGACAAAAACCGUUGAAAUGUAUUUGAACUUUGAACUGAUUGCUAAGUGAGGGCCCUAGCACAUGCUAUGCUAAAGAUGCGGAUCUGUCGCGUUGUUGUGUGUCGCCAUCACAUGUUUUUGUCUCUUGAUUUUGCACCUUUUUUGUUUUUUUCAUCUUGUUCACUUUGAAUGUUCCCCAAGAUCACAGGUUACGUGAUCCCGCGCCUCCUUGGCGAUCAGGUGAUUGACAUGUCGGGCCUCCUGUUGCAUUCUGGGACGUUUGGUUGAUGAGGCUGCGCAACCUGUUUGUGUACAAAUAUAUUGUGUAAAUAGAAAGUGUGUGUAGUAAUGUAUAUAAAGAUAUGGAGAGUGUGGUGUUGCCAAGAUGACACGGAACCUUUCUGCCUACACGUGACGCAAACUAUUCAUGUCAUUCUCACACGUGUUACAAACUAACGUGUGUGAGAAGAGUUGGUUACCAAGAAAAUGGUCAGACUUCAAAGAAAAUUCCCCUAUUUCACUUUCGGCGUAUCUAUGUAUUUGACUCAUUUUCGCUUUGCCUGUAAAAAAACAACACGGCUGUCUGUCAAAUAAAUAUUAGGAUUGGAA